AUGAUUUGCGCGCAUGCCCCGACGGAGCAGAAGGACGAUGCUGCUAAGGAUGCAUUCUACGCGAGACUCGAGGACACAUACGACCGCUGCCCAAACCAUGACGUGAAGAUCAUCCUCGGGGACUUCAACGCAAAGGUUGGGCGCGAACGCAUCUUUGACCGCACCGUCGGUCAAUUCAGCCUCCAUGAGACUACCUCGAACAACGGUUUCAGGCUGAUUGACUUCGCCGCGGCGCGAAACAUGGUACCAAGAUACGCAUGCGGCUAUGCCGAGCGAAAAACGUACGCCCCAUCACGCAAUGAAAGCUUGACGACACUAGGCUGCGAUCACAACGGACAGCAACAGCCUACUCCACUCACCUCUCGGAACUGCUCCACCAACCUACCCCUCUUCCUGUUGACGCCGUCGGACUCUGGGCGCACAUAUCCCACUCCAUGCGAGCUGCCGCUGAAACAGCCAUUGGUGAAGCGUCUGACACAAGGUUUCAAGACUGGAGCAUCUAACUGUCGAGAUGAAAACGGGAAUCUGGUUACAGAUACUCAGUGCACGCUGAGGUUAUGGAGGGCGCAUUUCUCCAAGCUGCUAGCAGAGGAUGACGGCACCAAUCCCGCCAUUGGAGGAAGCAGCCCGAUACCACCAAUCGACGACAAUGUGGAUAUACCACUACCUAGCCAUGACGAGGUCCGAGUUGCUAUUAUGCGACUCAAAAACAACAAAGCAGCCGGUGCUGAUGGACUGCCUACGGAGUUGUUUAAGGCCGGCGACGAAGAGCUGAUAAGGUGCAUGCAUCAGCUGUUCUGCAAAAUAUGGCUAGAAGAAAGCAUGCCCAACGAUUGGAAUCUCAGCGUCCUUUGUCCUGUGCUGAAGAAAGGCGACCCGACGAUAAGCACCAACUACCGGGGAAUUAGCCUGAUUGCCAUCUCAUAUAAGGUCCUAUCGAGCGUAAUAUGUGAACGACUGAAGCCGUAUACCAGCACACUGAUCGGACCUUAUCAGUGCGGCUUCAGACCUGGUAAAUCCACCAUAGACCAGAUCUUCACAUUGCGCCAAAUCCUGGAGAAAACCCACGAAAAUGGAAUUGACACACACCAUCUAUUUCAUGGGGUGUUCGAGAGAAAAAUUCUUCGCAAGAUCUUCGGUCCCGUUCGGAUUGGGGACGACUUUCGCAUUCGGAUGAACCACGAGCUGUACGAGUUGUACGACGACGUGGACGUGGUACGGCGCAUCACGAUACAACGUCUGCGCUGGCUCCGCCACGUUGUGCGAAUGGAAGCGAGAGUCGACUACGGGCGACGACGAAGGGGACGACCAAAUCUUCGAUGGAAGGACCAAGUAGAGCAGGACCUUAAUCUACUGGGUAUUUCUAAUUGGAGGAGGCGCGCAAAGAGCAGAGGCGCCUGA